AUGCCACAAUAUCCCUCGAGAAGCACUACACGAUGCAGCAUUACAUCACCCGUCCUUGCAGCCUCGCUGGCCAUCGCAGGCGUAGCUGGGGAAGACUUUGACGUUUUACGACAUCUUGGAGGGAACGCACAAUGGCUGCCAGGACCCGAAGUCACCGGCAUCUCAUCAGACAUACCUUCAGACUGCCAUGUGGAUCUUGCCGCAUUCUUCUCGCGCCAUGGCAGUCGCUAUCCAGACCCUGGCGCCUAUGCCGAAUGGACCUCACUCCAUGAGCGCUUGCAAGCCGCGCCCUUGGACGUAACAGAUGCAAAGCUUGUCUUCCUGAAGACCUGGAAGCCUGUACUUACGCAUCCCGAACGUCAGAUCGCUCAACUAUCGCCAACUGGUUACAGGGAGCUACAUGAGAUGGGCACUCAAUGGAGGCUUCGGUAUCCAACCCUAUACGAGUACAACACUCCCUUCACCAUGUGGGCCAACUGGUAUAAAUCCAGUCCUCGUGUGCGAGAUAGUGCCCGUCUCUUUGCCCAGGGAUUUCUCGGUCCAAACGCGACCGAGCUUGCAACCAUAUAUGCGCUCAAUAGCAGUGACCCUCGGUCGUGGAUGAACUCUCUCGCAACGAGCGAUUUGUGUAGCGCAUAUGAGGAUGAAAGUGGUAGUCCAUACAAGGAUGAGUGGGAAGCCAUCUACCUGCCACCGGUCAGAGCUCGACUGAAUGCAAAGAUCCACGGAGGGUUCAACUUUACCCAAAAAGAGGUAUCUAUCAUUCCCUAUCUUUGUGGCUUUGAGACGCAAACCACUGGUCGUCCCAGUCCCUUCUGCGACAUCUUUUCCGAAGACGAAAUUCUCCAAUACGAGUAUGCGCAGGAUCUACGAUACUGGUAUGGGAAUGUUCUAGGCUCGGACAUCGAAAAAUACCAGAUGCUGCCCGUUGUCGACAUGCUCGUUCGGAGAUUUAUGGAUGGACCAGAAGCGCGUUACGAGAACGGCAACUCCACUUUCACUCCGCCCAGGAUCAUGGCCUCUUUUUCCAACGAUGGCCAGAUCAACCAGAUCAUUGCCGCCCUUGGCGUUUUCGACAACGAGCCACAGCUACUGGGCAAUAUGACUCUUCCCAACAGACUCUUUCGAUCAAGUCGUCUUGUCCUAAAACGUGGCACUGUUGCUUUUGAGCGAUUGUCUUGCUCGUCCAACUCGAACGAAACAUCUCACGCCUAUGCACAGGAUCGAUCCAGCGAUCAGAAGUACAUGCGCAUUCGUCUCAACGAAGUCGUGUAUCCCGUGGCUGAGUGCACAAGCGGUCCUGGAUCUUCUUGCCCUCUUGCUUAG